AUGUUUGGUUGGGGUCCUGGCCUGGCCCUGCAGAACCACACACUCGUGCCCGACGUCCUGGAGACAGGGCUCCCAUUGCAUCCCCUUGCUGACCCGGUCACUGCCUCGCCAGCCCUACCGUCAGCGUCUUCCGAACCUGAAAGGGAACGCAAACCCCCCACCGACCCAACCCCGCUUGACUUCCCCGUCUACCACCUCCCCCAACCUGUCCCCGAGUCCGAAUGUACCCUCCAAGAGUUGUUUGGCCUGCUGGCCUCGAUCAAGCGCCCACAGGACAUCUCGCUGGACCGCUUUAAGCCUCUGAAUCUCCAGGUCGAGUCCGAUGUCGAUGUCCGUCGCAUGUUCCCCGACGACCAGGCGCAGUCCCUGGCUCCGCUGCCGUGGGACGAUGAGCCCGAGAUCCAGCCCGAGAGCAGCGAGCCCCCUUCCCGUCCGUUGAUGAGCAAUGGGCUGCCCUACCCGCCGAAAGAGCGCUUCGAGAUUCUGCGGAAGGAAUUGUUGCUGGACAACGACGAUACCUUUCGUGAGAUGGCCCGGUUGCCCCCGCGUGAGGGGCGGACCCGCGUCCGGGUCACGCAGUCCAGGAAGUUCUGGACGGGCUUGGAGCGUGUGGCACAGUAUUGGGAUUCCAGUCUCGACAAUUACUUCGAUCGACCCGCGAGCCCGACGCCGACACCGCCAUCCAAUGACGACGGAUCCAAGGAGGACAAAAUGCAGACGGACGACGCCACCCCCGCCUCCGGCUCGGGCCAUUCAAAAAUGGAUGUGGACCAGCCAGAGGCUGCAGCAGAAUCCAAUGGCACGGCGGAAGAUGGAACGACGCCUCAUCCGUCAGUGAGAAUGUAUACUGGUCGCCGUAUCGGCUCGGGGACGGAGAUGCCCGAUGAACUGCGUGACGAGACCAUCCGCGCCUUCGUGGAAAUGGCAGCCUGGCCCUUUGGAUGCCAGGUCUGUGUUCCUACGCUCCCACCACGACUGACGGUGAAGAGCCUUCUUUUCCCGGUGCGGCAGUCCUUCCAGGUUGCUCGGUCUCCGCGAGACCGCCAGGUGGCCCGCAACGGCAUCUUGGAAGGACCUGUCCUCAUCGCCCAAUGUCGCCCAGAGACUGCAUUCCGCGCCACCGGCGACGACGUGGGAGGAGGAAUCGGAGAAGUGUGCGACUUGUUCCGUGAAGUGGGCGGCAUGCUCUUGGCUGCUCAGGAGCGUGCACGAGAGGGAGCCACCGAGCUGCGUCCCGGAGAAGGAAAGUGGUGGACCACAAGACCGCGUUUCGGCGGUGCCCCCAAUGAUCACAUCUUGGACGAUUUGGUCAAGGGACAUGGAAUGCAUGGCAUGCCGUUGCCAGACUCGAUGCUCGGAGAAGGUAAGUCCGAGCCCUCAGUUCCCGCGCAGGAAGUGGAGAGCGCUCGCAAGCGUCAUAAAUUCGAGCAUCCAUUUGUCACGUCUCUAUCACGCAAGCCGAGUGCGAUGCGCAAGCUCUCCAGCGGUGAGAAAUGGAAGAUCCUGCAGCCUGGUCCAAGUCUGUGGGAUAAGCGCAUGAGAUAUAUGCAGAUUGGCAAGGUUCCGGAGAGCCCAUAUGACGACAUCUACAUGGUGUCGUCAAUCAACCACCAUAUUUCGAUCCUACACCUCCGGAUCCACAAGCGAUACUUGCAGGCUCUCACUUUUGGUGAAAGUGACUUCCCUGCAGAGCCCGCCGACACAGACCACCCUUGGCACGUUCUGAAGCUGCAGCGCAGCAGAUGGUACGAUCUACUUGAUGCAAACGAUCGUGUCGACGGAUUGAAAUGCGUCUGGCGUCUUUUCCAUUACCAGUUGCGCAAGGUUUAG